GCUGGCGUUGUUUUGAGGUUCUCUUGUUUGUUCUCACCUUAUCUUUUGAGGGGAAGAACGAUUGAUUUUCAUCUUGGUUUUUUUGGGAAAGAACCAGCUCUACUCUUUGGAUGACCAGAUCUUGAAACCCUUGGCAAGAAGAAAUAGCUACAACUCCAAAACAGUGAACGUCCUGGGAGGAGCCCCAGGACACAACCCGGACCGCAGGACCAAGAUGAUCUCAAUACACAGCCUCUCCGAGCUGGAGCGUCUGAAGCUGCAAGAGACUGCUUACCACGAACUCGUGGCCAGGCAUUUCCUCUCUGAAUUCAACCCUGAAAGAGCUCUACCGACUGACCGUCCAAACACCUUGGAGAAGUGGUUUCUGAUUCUGAGAGGACAAGAGAGGGCCGUAUCUCUCAAGACGUUUGGCAUUCGUCUGGAAGAAGUGCUGGUGAACGAGCUGACCCGCCGAAAGCAACUUGAGCUGAGAGCCGCGAUGCAGGUCGAAGAAGCCACCACCGGUCGGGCUGGGGGCCGUCGUCGUCGUCGGGGAAACGUGGUGCAAAGGAUGUUUGGCCGCAUCCGGCGCUUUUUCAGUCGUAGACGGGAUGAGCCCUCCCUGCCCCGGGAGUUCACUCGUCGUGGGCGUCGUGGUGCAGUGUCUGUGGAUAGCCUGGCUGAACUGGAGGACGGGGCCCUGCUGCUGCAGACCCUGCAACUUUCCAAGAUCUCCUUACCAAUUGGCCAGCGACUUCUGGGAUCCAAAAGGAAGAUGAGCCUCAAUCCGAUUGCUAAGCAAAUCCCCCAGGUCGUGGAGGCUUGCUGCAGCUUCAUCGAGAAAUAUGGCUUAAGCACGGUGGGGAUUUUCACCCUGGAAUAUUCUGAGGAGAGAGUGCGCAAGCUCCGUGAAGAAUUUGAUCAAGGGCUGGAUGUCGUGCUGGAUGACACUCGGAAUGUGCAUGAUGUGGCCGCACUCCUCAAGGAGUUUUUCCGUGACAUGAAGGACUCUCUGCUGCCAGAUGAUCUGUACAUGUCCUUCCUCCUGACAGCAACUCUGAAGCCGCAGGAUCAGCUUUCUGCCCUGCAGUUGCUGGUUUACCUGAUGCCACCUUGCCACAGUGACACCCUGGAGCGUCUGCUGAAGGCCCUGCAUAAGAUCACUGAGAACUGCGAGGACUCCAUUGGCAUUGAUGGACAGCUGGUUUCGGGCAAUCGCAUGACCUCCACCAAUUUGGCUUUGGUGUUUGGAUCUGCUCUCCUGAAGAGGGGGCAGUCUGCCAAGAGGGAGUCCAGGAAGACAAGACUGGGCAUUGACCACUAUGUUGCUUCUGUCAAUGUGGUCCGUGCCAUGAUCGAUAACUGGGAUGUGCUCUUCCAGGUGCCUCCCCAUAUUCAGAGGCAGGUGGCUAAGCGUGUGUGGAAAUCCAGUCCCGAAGCCCUUGAUUUUAUCAGACGCAGGAAUCUGAGGAAGAUCCAGAGUGCACGGAUAAAGAUGGAAGAGGAUGCUUUACUUUCUGAUCCAGUGGAAAACUCUGCUGAAGCCCGGGCUGCUGUCCUUGCUCAAAGCAAGCCCUUUGAUGAAGAUUCCUCUGAGGAGCCAGCUGUGCCUCCGGGCACUGCCCGUUCCCAUGACGAUGAGGAAGGAGCGGGUAACCCCCCCAUUCCGGAGCAAGACCGCCCAUUGCUCCGUGUGCCCCGGGCGAAGGAGGCCCAAACUGGCAUCGGCUACUUCUUUCCUUAGAUGUUUUCCCUUCUGUCUGGUGCCGGACAGGGGAAAAGGGUGGGGGUAGACCUGGGAUGUCACAGGAAACAUUAUGAAGAGUCUCGAAGGUAAAGUUCUGAGGCUUAGAAGGAGUUCCACCUGAUGCUCGGGUCAGGCUGAGAAUUCCAAACACACUGCCAGCCCCUUCCCUGGGGAUGCUUGGUUCCUUCAGCUGGUAAAAGCAGAGAUGUUUCUGUGUCAUGCUCAGGCACCCUGGUGCUACCUUGCCUCUCUCUUUUACCCCUGAUCCGGGCUUUCCCUUACUACAGCUGUUCCUUUCAUUGAUGUGACAUUUGUGGUAAACACCUGUCCCAGAGAAGCUCACAAAUCUCGAGGUGCUUUCCCUCCCCCAAAGGGAAUUGCAUGCUUUUCCUGACUUUCCUCCCCUCCUCCUAAGAGCUCGAUUGGAAAGACCCUCAAGAGGCACGCUAGGAUGUUAGGUCAGCCUCCUGACAGCUGACGAUUAAUGCUAAACCAUGUCACACCAACUCAGAGCCGUGUCCCUGCAGCAACUCCACCGCCUCAGGAUAAUUUUUUCCAAAUUAUUUAGACCAAUGGCUCGUCAAACAGCUGCCCCCCCCCCCCCAAAUCCUGGGACACCUGACUAGCUUAUCUGGGUUCAAAAGUUAGAGGAACAAUUCGAUUUUAUUACCUAGAUCUGUUUUACGGACAGCUGGUAGUCACAUCCCGUUGUUAGCAAAACAGCUAGUUAGGUAUGGACACAUAAUUCCAAGUAGUAAAAGUCACCUAAUUACAAACGUUCUCCAAUAUCAUCUCUGUAGUUCCUCUAUGCAGGGCGGUGAACAAAUUCGCGGGACAUGCUCUGGUAACAGGCAGAUAUGGGUUACGUAUGACAUCCAAAAUUACAGCAGUUAUUGAUGGGUAACAGCUGCUAAGGUCCAUAGAAUGAAGAAUGUAUUGUAUUGAGGGAUAGAAAUUGAUCACACAAUGGGUAACAACCACAGAGCUCGAAGAUUUGUGAUUGUCAAAACUUCUCUGGAAUUUAGUCAUUAAUAAACAUCUGUAUUGUGACAGCAGCAUA